CAGGAACUUCCUGCGGAAGGUGAGAAAUACUAAGGAAAACAACAACCAUGGCGUCGAUAACGUCGGAGAAGUUAAAAGAAAUGGAGGCUGAAAUGAACCGCUUCGAGGCUGAGAUUUUGACCUCGGACAUGGGUCGCGGUGCAAUGCCUCGGAUGAUCAUCGGCUCGGAGACCUUCACACGAGUCCAGCAGCAGUUGUCGCAGAAACCCUCGCACGACUUACCACCAGGUGUAAUACAUGACACUUCUUUUCAACAGUCAGUACGGAAGAUGCCUCUAACAGUUCUUCCACCACCACCACCGCCGCCACCACCUGCAGAGAGAUGUGAUAGGAUGCCAGGACCUAAACCAGACAACUCUAACCUCUUCCUCCCCCCACCACCACCUCCCCCACUGUCCAGUGUAACCCCCGCCUUCAUACCUCAUCAGCUACGACACCGAGGUCCUGCCCCUCCAAUGCCCCGUCCUGGUCACAUGAUAUCUCGCCCCCCACCUCCUCCAAUCAACUUCAAGGGCAACAUGGGCCCGGCACAUAUGGGCGGCUGCCCCCCAAUGGGAAUGCCUCCAAUGGGACCUCGAGGUCCGAUGAUGGGACCUCGGGGUAUGGGACCGGUCCCAUUUGGAAUGCCUCAGCCGAUGAAUAACAUGGGGAAUUCCCCAUCGCCAGCGGUGAUAGAGAAGCCCAAACAGCUGCACGUGAUCGAAAAGCCGAAAGUUGUGUAUUCGGCAGCGCCGGUGAAAAUUGUUAAACCCACUUCCAGUGAAGAAGAUGCCAAAGUGCCCGCCCCUGUGUUGGACGAGGUGAACGUCGUUGAAGACGUCGCUGCACCACAAGCUUCAGACAUUGCUGCUGAAGGAAUCUCAGUUGUUGGUGCGGACGUUGUUGCUAAUGUCGCCAUGACGGCAGGGGGAGAAGUGGAGAUGGAGGGAGAUGCGCCGGUGUUGAGUAAAAAAGAGAAGAAAGACAAGAAGAAGAAGUUUCUACGCACGGCUGCGGGGACCACAUGGGAGGACCAGACGUUGGCAGAGUGGGAGCCAGAUGAUUUCCGGAUGUUUUGUGGCGACCUUGGAAAUGAGGUCACUGAUGAACACUUGAUUCGAGCAUUCUCCAAAUAUCCAUCAUUUGUCAAAGCUAAGGUUAUUCGAGAUCGCAGAAGCAACAAAACAAAGGGUUACGGGUUUGCAAGCUUUCGUGAUCCCACUGACUUCACUAGAGCCAUGAGGGAAAUGAAUGGUGAGUGA